CCGAGCGGUGUCUGCUAGGUCGCGCGGGCGUCGGGCGAGCACCUCUCGAUCCUCUCCGUCUGACAGUCUCCCUCGAUCUCGAUUCUCAAACCUAGCAGCGCACGGGCGGCGGCGAUUCCAAGUCCGGCCGGCCCUCUUCUCCCCCCCCCCCUCAGGCCUCGGCCUCCAGCGCCGCCCCUCCCCUCCGCGCGAACUGCAUCUGCUCCGCCGCCGGUCCACUGCUCCGGACAGGGCGUCCCGGUCCCGCGUUCGCCGUCCGGCCAUCUCCUCCGCAAGGCGCCAGUCCACCUCCGGGAUCCGGCCUCCGGCCUCCAAUGCCCUUGCUGGCCGUCUCCUCCAGCUCCAAGCCUCCAACCUUCCUGAUGAAGAAGAAGGAUGUCAGCUUGUUUGAAUUGUGGGACAAAUCUUCAAAGGCAAGGAAAAUAAGUUCUACAUCCACGCCAACUACUCUUUCCGUUGAGGUUGAGAGCAACCUACAGCUAGCACUAGUGCAUACACAUGACGAAGCUCCGCAACCGGAGAGGGAGAGAGGCUUCCCAUCCCCAAUUGUAGAAGAUGAUGAAGCGGUUGAUGAAGAUGAUGAACCAAGUCCCCAAUUCGAAGCAGAUUUGGCGGCUCUGGAACGUGAUCCUGGCAAGCGAAUUCCCAUAUCUUCAUAUCAUGUCAAUGACCGGGAUGUAGUUAGAAGGAGAUACAUUGACUUGGGAGCUUGUCAACCAAAGGGUCACAAAUUUGAGAUCAGAGAUUUUAGUGGACAUCGCCGUCGCUUUUGUCCUUCUUGGUUUAAGGAUCACAAGUGGCUUGAGUAUAGUGUGAACAAAGAGGCCGCUUUCUGCUUUGUUUGCUAUUUGUUCAAGGAUAAAACAAAAAGCCCCGGUGGAGAUUCAUUUGUUAAGGGUGGGUUUAGAAACUGGAACAUGAAAGCAAGAUUGACAAGGCAUGUUGGUGAUGUAAGUAGUGCUCAUGCUGAAGCUCAAGAGAAGUAUGAUAUGUUCACUACACCACAAACAUCAAUUCGGGAGUUUAUUGCUUCAAACACCUCACAAUACAAGGCUUUGUAUAAACAGCGUUUGACAUGGACACUCAAGUGUGUGAGAUUUUUGUUGCGCCAAGGCUUGGCAUUUAGAGGACAUGAUGAAAGUGAAGACUCGCUAAAUAAAGGAAAUUUCCUUGAGCUUCUAAAUUGGCUAGCAGGAAAAUUUGAAGAGGUUGAUAGGGUUGUUCUCAAGAAUGCUCCACAGAACUGCAAGAUGACUCACCAUGAUAUACAACAAGAGGUGAUAAAAUGUUGUGCACAAGAGACUACUAAACUAGUCAUUGAAGAACUUGAUGGUGGUCAUUUUGCAAUACUUGCAGAUGAGUCUAGUGAUGUGUAUCAGAAUGAACAGUUGGCUGUUUGCUUGCGUUUUGUUGAUAAGAAAGGAAGGGCAGUUGUAAGAUUUCUUGGUCUUGCUCAUGUUGAAGAUACUACCUCUUUGACACUAAAAGCUGCAAUUCAGAAAAUGCUUAUGGACCACAAUUUGACCUUUGCGAUGGUUCGUGGGCAAGGAUAUGAUGGAGCUAGUAACAUGAGAGGUAAUGUCAGUGGCCUGAAAAAACUGAUUAUGGAUGAGUCCCCUUCUGCCUACUAUGUUCAUUGUUUUGCCCAUCAACUACAAUUAACUCUUGUUGCUGUUGCUAAGGAGAGUGGUGAUUGUACUUGGUUCUUUCAGCAGCUUGCACACUUGUUAAAUGCUCUUGGCAUGUCUUGUAAAAAAAUGAGAAUGCUUCGGAUAGCUCAGGCUGAAGAACUCAUUGAUGCAUUGGAAUUGGAAGAAGUAGAAACAAGGAGUGGGCUGAAUCAGGAAAUGGGUUUGGGAAGGCCAUGUGAUACACGUUGGCGCUCUCACUUCAAAACUGUGAACCAUGUCAUCUCUAUGUAUGGUGCACUACGACGAGUCCUUCGCAAGAUUGGAGACGAGUACCAUGGUGCGGAGGCACAAGCGGCUCUAUCCAUAGAGACAAUAUUUCGAUCAUUUGAGUUUGUUUUCAUGGCACACUUGAUGCAAGAAAUAUUUGGAUACACAGAUGAGUUGUGUAGAGCUUUGCAAAAGCAAGACGAAGAUAUUGUUCAUGCUAUUGAGCUUGUUGCUGACACAAAGUAUUACUUGAAGGCUUUGAGGACCGAUGCUGGAUGGGAUGAUUUUCUCACAAAGGUCACAUCUUUUUGUACAAAGCAUAAGAUCAAAGUUGUUGAUAUGGAGGGUCCUUACUUUCCCGUUGGUCGGCCUAGAAGGGGUUUAUGUAAUGGUCCGACCAAUUACCACCGCUUCAAGGUUGAUAUGUUUGUGGGUGUCAUUGAUAGGCAAAUCAGUGAGCUGAAUGGCAGAUUUGAUGAGGUAAACACGGAGCUACUUUCUUGCAUGGCAGCAUUUUGUCCACUUCAUCUAUUUGCUGCUUAUGACCAAGAGAAGUUAGUUAGGCUUGCUACAAAGUUUUAUGCUUCUGAAUUUACAAGGGAUGAACUGGCAAGACUUCCAUGGCAACUAAACAUGUAUGUUACUAAUGUGCGUAGAGAUGCAAAGUUUCAAAACCUGAAAAAUCUGUGUCAGCUUUCAGUUAUGCUUGUUGAGACAAACAAGCAUGAACAAUAUCAUAUUGUUUACAGGCUUCUUAAGUUGGUAUUGAUUUUGCCAGUAGCUACUGCUAGUGUUGAAAGGGUAUUCUCUUCAAUGAACUAUGUGAAGAAUAAGCUAAGGAACAAAAUGGGUGAUGAUUAUUUGAACAAUUGUUUGGUUAUAUUUGUUGAGAGGGGAUUUUUCAAUCAAGUGAAGGAUGAAGAUGUCAUCAAUCUGUUUCAAAAAGGCGACCGCAAAGUUAUAUUGUAA